AUGGAUUUCAUCAAAACCGGUUCCCUGCGUGCUCGGAUUGAAUUAACUUUCCAACGCAAGUGGAACGGCCUCAUUUGGAUAAGUAGAAAAGGAGUUAUAGCCGAAAUAGUGAAGACUGUCCAGGCGGCUCUAUCGAAGAACCGCGGCCAGGCCGUGCAGAGCGGCCGGCCGAGGAACGAACGUUCCGCGGUCGGCCAAAAUCAAAUCCGUCCAUCUAACGUCUUGGCCAAAGUUCAAUCCAUCCGGCCGACUGCACAUCACGACCCGGGAAGCAAUGACCCGCGGUCGGCCACGCCACGAACCAUUCACGAAGUGCCGCGCACGACCAUGCCGCGCGAGCCAGGAAGCAACGCCUUGCGGCCGCGCGACCUUACUCACGUACCACGGCCGAUGGCGCCGUCCGAGCCAGGAAGCCACAUCCCGCGUCCGGCCGAGAAAGCAUCGAUCUAG